UUUGAUGAGGUUCAUAUGAUUUCAGAAUGGGGAAGUGAAUUUCGACCAGCAUUCCGAAAAUUAGGUGAACUUACGGUGAUAUUCCCUAAUGCUUGCCACUUGGCAUCAACAGCCACAUGUACCGAACAAAGAAAGAAUGAAUUGACAGACACUUUGCAAUAUAGGAAAUACACCUGUGUGUCUAUUAAUCCGGACAGACCCAAUAUUUAUAUAAGUUAAAGGUCAAGAUUACCAAAUAAAAAAAUUGAUAAGUGUGACUCAUUGAUUGAGCCAGUGGCAGUGGAGCUAACUGAUAAAUUGAGUGACUUCCCAGUAACUACCAUGUAUGUUGAAAGUUUGGAGGCGUUGGGUUAUUUUUACCAGUACCUUAAUUCUUAUUUAGGUAAAAGGCAAUAUACUGGUGAGGAAAUUCCGGAGAAUAUAAUAUUUGCUCAGUAUCAUAAGGAUUAUACAAAAGCAAUGAAAUCCUUUAUUGUGAGUGACUUGUGCAAGAAGAAACCAUCAAUUCGCCUUGUUCAUUCGACAGUUGCUUUAGGAAUGGGACUAGAUGCCCCAAGUAUAUCAAGGGUAAUUCACUGUAGACCACCAACCAGUUUGGAGGCCUACAUGCAGGAAAUAGGUCGAGCCGGAAGAAAAGGUCAAUCUUCUGAAGCUAUCUUGUAUUACAAUAAUAAUGACAUAUCAAAGGCUAGGAAGGGUAUAUCAGAUUCCAUAAUACAGUACUGCCAAGAUGACGUUAAUUGUCUAAGAUUGCUGCUGGUUAAACACUUCGGUUUCAGUGAAACACAAUACUCAGGAAACCCAAAUGGGUGUUGCUCAAAUUGUAACAAUGUACACUUGAACAAGUGAGAUAAUAGUCUAGGACUCAAUUGAGUGAAGUGUGAAGAGUGAAAGAAACAUCUGAUAAAGACAAAACAAUAUAAAGAAGUGAAACUCCAGCUGCUGGAGCAGUAUUGAAUUUUCAUUAAAAACAAUUAGUAGGUCCUUUUUUUAAGGCAAGUGACCGAUUGCCCAAACAGUACAAAACAGCACAAUACAGCACAAUACAAACCAACAUAAACAUAAAAUAUGAAUAAAGCUGGGGUCACCGCCUUGGAACGGUCAAUGCAAAGCAUUAGGGGUUUAAACCUGGUUAUAGAGC